AUGAAUCCUCAAGCAGUCGAGGCUCCUUUGUCCCAGUCGGCGACGUUUCUUGUCUUAUCAGCCAAAGAUACUUCCGAUGCUUCUGAUACCAUCCGUUCGACUUUAUCCAGCAUCGCCGACAUCACCAAGAACAUCUCCAUCCGCCACCAAACAGCCAACCUCUCAUGUACCGUUGGCAUCGGAAGCUCAAUUUGGGACAAGAUCGUGAACCUUCCUCGCCCGACUGAGUUGCAUCCAUUCAAGCAAGUUGAGGGAAAGAAACACACGGCUGUCUCAACACCCGGAGACUUGUUCUUUCACAUUCGAUCUGAAAGAAGAGACCUCUCUUUUGAAUUUGAGAGACAGCUCAUGGACCGAUUGGGAGAAGCUGUCAAGGUUGAGGACGAGACUGUCGGGUUUAGAUACUUUGAUACCCGCGAUGUCCUCGGGUUCGUUGACGGAACUGCGAACCCAGUGGGCCCAGAUGUUACUGAUGCAGUCCUAGUAACUGCUCAAGACGACUCCGCCGGUGUAGGUGGGAGCUACGUUGUCGUUCAGAAGUAUCUCCACGAUCUCAAAGCUUGGCGCACUCUUUCAACUGAACAGCAAGAAACCAUCAUUGGACGCACAAAAUUUGACAACAUUGAGCUCGACGAUGCCGAAUCUGGUCAACAGUCCCACAAGAGCCUUGCGACGAUCGAGGACGCGGAUGGAAGUGAGCAUGACAUUCUACGAGAUAACAUGCCCUUUGGUUCUCCUGCCCACGGCGAGUUUGGGACCUACUUUAUCGCAUAUUCAAAGAAACUCUGGGUAGUGGAGAAGAUGAUGGAACGUAUGUUUGUUGGAGAUCCUCCUGGCUUGCAUGAUCGCAUUCUUGAUUUUUCGAAGCCAGUGACGGGCUCAACAUUCUUUGUUCCAUCUGCAAGUGUCUUGGCUGAUCUUGCUUGAGUGAUGGCCAGCUUGAAGAGAGAGAUAUCACCUUGUUUGGCAUUAUAGUUAGACAGAUAUCAUUGAUGAUGAAGAGUUUGGUUUUCAUUUCUU